CUUCACCGUCGACGACCAUCACUCUGUCACCUUUCAUUCUCUUUUCCCUCUGACGAUGCGGUGGCCAGUCACCCCCCUGCUUGGGGCCGCCUUCGUCGCUGUUGCUGUCGUCGCUCAGAACAGUAGCUCGACAUCCCCCAGCUCAACCCAGGCCUCUUCAACGUCCCAGGCUUCUUCGUCCGGAUCUUCGUCGGCAUCAUCAUCAUCAGCGUCCUCUGCAUCUCUCUCCCUUUCGCUCACGACGAGCUCCAGGACUAUCACGACUUCGACAACCACCAAUGGCGAAACCUCGCAGUACACGACCGUUGUUCCAACGACCUUUAACGUUACAUAUACCGCUACACCCACAUCUUCUUCGGCCUCAUCUUCUGCUGCGUCGAGCGCGAGCGCGAGCGCCUCAGCCUCAGCCUCCGCAACGCCUAUAACCCUUGAUACCAAGCUAGACCCCGCCUUUGGUGUGUUGGGUGCAAUCCUUAUCCUUACUGGCCUUCCUUCUGCUUUCUGGGGCCACAAAAAUCGGUGGUCGUCCUUUUUCCUUAUUGGUUUCUAUAGCCUGUCGCUCGUCUGCUUCGUCCUGAUCAUCAGGUUUGGCGUCCUUCAAGCUGUAAAUCCUCCCAGCCAGACAAUCCGUGGGAUGUUCGUCCUUGCUUGCUCUGUAGCCGGUAUCGCCGGAGGUGCUAUUGCCAUAUUUUUUUGGAAGGCAGCGAGAUACUGCAUUGGUGCAUGGGGCGGUCUGGCAUUUGCUUGGUGGAUACAGUGUUUUCACAACGGUGGUCUCAUCAGUUCUGUGGGGCUUCGCUGGAUACUCUACAUAGGGUGCGCUGUAAUUGGCUUUGUGCUGUCUACGAUCCCGAAGGUCCACUACCAUAUAUUACUAAUUUCCACGGCUUUCGUUGGUGCUUCCGCUUUGAUGCUAGGCAUUGAUUGCUAUACUACCGCGGGACUAAAAGAGUUCUAUGUGUGGAAUUUGGGCUUCCGCUCUUUGUUUCCGAAAUUCCAGGACAACGGCAUUCGGUACCCGGUCUCGCAGACGAUUCAGAUCGAGCUGGGCCUCCUUGGAGCAGUGGCGCUUAUGGGGGCGGCUGUGCAGCUGCGAAUUCUCAGCGUGCUGCAGCACAAGCUCAAAGAAAUUUCUCAGGAUCAACAAAAACAAAACGACGAUGCUGAGCAGAAUGCUGCUGGGCGGUUCAAUGUUGUGCUGCGCGAAAGGGCUCAGUGGGAGAAAGAGCACGGGCAUGGGCGGGUAGAGAGUGGGUAUUCGAGUAUGCCACUAAUGAAGGACCAGGACGGGUCCUCGUCGCCGGUGACGCCUGAUCAUCGUUCGGUGGAUUACCAGGAUGCAGUCAGGCAACGAUAUCAGAGCGGUGUAUCUGACUUCAUGACUGCGCCGACCCCAGAAGAUGAACUGCGCCGGGUAACCUCGCGUAGCUUGCAAGGUCCUGGUGUGCUGCCCGCUCUCGAUCUAGGCCUUGGAAUCGAGAACGACGUGCCUACGUCAUUUAUUGCCAAGGACUCUUCACCUGCCUCCCCCGCUACUGACAAAGUGCCCAAGAAACAGAUGUCAGCGGCUCAACUGGAGGCCAUGAAGAAGAAGGAGGACUUGGUUGCGGAAAUUGAGAACAUUCGGAAAUCAAUUGAAGCGUUGAGAGGGGAGACACCUACAACGAGUGCUUCCAACUCAAGGGGGCCCAGUAUCAGAGCAUUCGACGCUGCAACUUCCUUAUUACUUCCUUCCCCGUCACAUUCAAGGCCUCCUCGAGAACCCGCACCGAGAGGCAGGGUGCGUUCUUUAGACUAUCUAGGCUCGGAAAUACUUGGGGAGAGUAUAAGCCGGCCAACUAGCGUACCACUCAGAGACCCAGAUUGGGAUGCAUAUGUUCAAGACCGGAAACUACUACAGCCUCCGCGGGGCGUCACCCCCCCGAUCGGUGUUACGAAAAUACAGAUGUCACCUGCGGUAACAGAAGCCCUCAAGGACAGGAAGAGAAGGGAGACUUCGCUGGGAUAUGCAGGCCCCAGUGGCAGUGGAGGUGCGACAGAUUCUAGCGAAGACGUUCCGAUAGCAAAGAGAAUGCACCGACGAUCCACUUCUGCGGGUACGAAUGCGUAUCUGUAUCCGCCUGCACCUCGACCGGAGCGAGAGCCACCCAUCACGAUUCUUCCGCCUAAGAAGAUUGCUGCACCGAUGCCGCAACGCCCAGUCAACACCAGAACACGAACGUUCGAAGAGUUGGCUGAGAGACAUCGGGAGAAGAUGCGAGAUUUACAGGGACCUGUGACGACUGCGAACCGAGAACAUGCGGAGCUGGAGGCGGCAAAGGCACGGUGGGAAAAGAGUCGGGCAGCUGAGCGAGAGACGAUGAAGAGGAGGGAGACGGAGCGGGAAAGAGAGCUUCGGAAGCGGCGGGAGGCUGGUGAGAAGGACGGCGAAAAGACGGAGAAGAGGCGCGCCAGUGACAGCCAUAAGAGAAGCCUAAGUGCAGAUCGACUGGCGCAGCUGGGAACAGGAGGAUCUCAUUCGCGGCGGUUAUCCACUAUGAAGGUCGAAGAUUGGCAGCGAUACCAGCAAGAAGUUGCACCAGAGAAUGAAAAGGAGCGACCAGGCCGAAGGGAGAGCCGGCGACAGAGUGGGGUACCUUUUCCUGACGACAAGCAUGUCAGAAGGAAAAGCCGCGAACCUCUGAGUUGAGGUGAAAGGUGAUGACGAACCUUUUCUGUUCCUUAUUAUUCUUGGACUUUGAUUUGUCUAGCAUUUUUUCACAUUAAGUAUUGUAUUUGGGAACCCUCCACUC